GGGCGUUGCAGGGGUGGGGGGUGCCCCUCUGGAGCUCCUCCGGCUGACCCCUGGCGCCGCCGCCGCCUGCCCGGGACCAGGGCUCAGCCCCGCGGGAUGCCAGAGGCUUGCCAGCGGUGACGUCUCCUGCCGCCCCUGCUGCGAGGAAGCGGGAGCUGCGCCGGCGGGGAAGUUUCGCCCUCCAACUUCGGAAAGUUUCAGCUGGGCUGCGCCUUCCUUCCCGCUCCAAAGCAGCCCGCAGCAGCCUCUCCUGCCUGGUCGCCGCCGCCGCCGCCGCGCCUCCUCCUGCGCCCCUCCUCGGCCCCGCUGCCAGUGGGCCGUCCCGGGAUGGGGCAGAGCUGAAGGACUUGGAAGAAGCGGCGAGGGGGGCGCCGGGCUCUCCUCCUCCGCUGCUGGCCCCCCGGCACCUCCUGCCUCGGCUCCCCCGGGGAGCUGAGCUGGCCCUGGGGGUGCCGCAGGGCGCAUGCCCCCCGAGCCGUGCCGCCCGCCGCGGGACCGGCUGCCGGGCAUGCCAUGGCGAUCCAGGGGAUGGAGCUGUGCGCCGUGGCGGUGGUCAUCCUCCUCUUCAUCGCGGUCCUCAAGCAGUUCGGCAUCCUGGAGCCCAUGUCGAUGGAAGACAGCAGUGAUAGCGAGUUUGAGCUUUCGACCAUCCGGCAUCAGCCAGAAGGGCUGGACCAGCUCCAGGCUUCGACCAAAUUCACCAAGAAGGAGCUGCAGUCCCUCUACAGGGGCUUCAAGAACGAGUGUCCCAGCGGCCUGGUGGACGAGGAAACCUUCAAGCUGAUCUACUCUCAGUUCUUCCCCCAGGGAGAUGCCACCAUGUAUGCUCACUUCCUGUUCAAUGCCUUUGAUGUGGACCGGAAUGGAGCCAUCCGCUUUGAGGAUUUCGUCAUUGGCCUCUCCAUCCUUCUGCGUGGGACUGUGCAUGAGAAGCUGAACUGGGCCUUCAACCUCUAUGACAUCAACAAGGAUGGCUAUAUCACCAAGGAGGAGAUGUUGGCAAUCAUGAAAUCGAUCUAUGACAUGAUGGGUCGCUACACCUACCCAAUCUUGAGGGAAGACGCUGCGUUCGAGCACGUGGAGAAGUUCUUCCAGAAAAUGGACAAAAAUAAGGAUGGCGUGGUCACCAUUGAGGAGUUUCUAGAGACUUGUCAGAAGGAUGAGAACAUCAUGAGCUCCAUGCAGCUGUUUGAGAAUGUCAUUUAAGACACUGGGAAUCCUGCCUCGUCUCUCUGGGCCCACUUGCCUCCUUGGCCUGCACUCAGGCGGACCCUUCCGUCUUUCUUGUGAAGCACACACACGUCUUUCUGAGAAAAACCAAACCAAAAACUCUUUUUAUAUUUCCAGGAAAAAUAAAGACAAAAGACAAUGAGGAAAGAACCGCCAUUUGCUUGCAGACUUGCUGGAUUCUCCCAGCUGAAAAUCUGAGAGUAGGAGAAAGGGCGAGAGAGACCAGGAGGAAGAGGCUGGGCUUUCCCUCUGGCAAUGCACCGGCACAGGUGUCCACCGCAGUGCAAACAGCCAGUCUUGAUGUGGUGACACAGUCACAAGACUCCUUUCUGCACUGUGGUUUAAUGAAUGCAGGUAUGCUCCGGUUGCACACAUGAUUUUCAAAGGGAAAGAAAGACACGGACUGAAUGCUGAGGCAAACGGCACUUGUGCAGUAGCCCAAAUAAAGUCCAGGAGUAAAAAAUGAGGCCUGGCCGAUUACCUGCACCCUGGUACUGCCCCAGAAAAAAGGCUGGGUAAUUCAGAAACUCAACAUCUGGGGAGAAAUUCCGCUGGGAAGAAUUUCAUAAGCAUCCCAGUUCUAACUACUGUCCUGUGCCAUAAAACUUCACACUGGACCAGACCUUCUGCUUUAAAGAGGACCUGUUCAGGUUUGUCCACUGACAACGCAGCCUGUGUUUCCAAUUGCUUUCCUGGUUCUCUGGUGACCCAGGCAACAGCAGGCAGGCCUCCCUCUCUCUCUCCCCCCUCUGGUCUCUGGCUCAGUUGCCCUGGGCCCAGGCAGGGUCUUCCAUGGUCAACCAGGUGACGAAGCAAGGUUGUCCUCUCCCAUCCACUCCCCAAUCCCCUCUCAGGAACUUGUGAGUUUGCACUCAGUGCUUCCUGCCGUAUGUUCAGUAUAAGGAAUGGCCGCAUGUCUCACUAGCCUUUUAUUCCAGCAUCUCCCCUUGACCUCCUUUCACAGCACAACCUGGGGAGACCAUCGCUGCGGUUCCGGUUCUCUGUAACUACUUGAUAUUCAGUCACUGUAUAUUUUAAUAAAAUAAACUUCAAAAAGACAAAGAA